AUGUCCUAUUUCAUGUCUCCACAAACUCAUCCAGGUCUUCCGCCUUCCGGCCAAGGUGGGGCUGCUUCUCUGGGCUCAUCCCUUGGCCUCUAUAGUCCUGUAGAGCCAGUGGUGGUGGCCUCUGGUGGACAAGGCCCACUGAGCCAGAAAGCUGAGCAGGCGACACCAGUGCCUGAAGUGCCAGAAGCCAGGGGCUGCCCUGGGGGGGCUCGCUGGGAGCCACUGCAGCGGAAGGAGUACAGCCGGAACUGCCACAAAUUCCCCCACGCGAGGCAGCCGGAGCGCCUUGGCUGGGAGGAUGGCUGCUCCAGAAGCAGAGCUCCCUACCUGGGCAGCCCCAGCAGGCCUGGGCCCCUGCUGCUGUGUGGGCUGCCCUCUGAGACAGGAGGGAAGGAGGCUGGGCCCCAGCCCGACAUCUGCAUCCUUACCUUGGCCAUGAUGAUCGCUGGCAUCCCCACCGUGCCUGUCCCAGGCCUACGGGAAGAGGACCUGAUCCGGGCAGCUCAAGCUUUCAUGAUGGCCCAUCUGGAGCCAGCGGGGGCUGUGGAGGGGGCACGGUGGCCCUAGUGAGAUCCCGGAGGGGCCAGCCUCCUGGCUCCUGCUUGUAGCGGGAUGAAAUAGCACCAGACACAUAGGGUGGCUUCUCCGUAUGGUUUUUGGGCAGGCAGGGUUGGUGGGUGUCUAUGGCAGGGAUGCGGAUAGGGUGGUGGUUUGAGCCAUUCUAACAAACACCAGCGCAUCAGGGCCCGGACCCCAGGAAGUUUCCAGAAACCGUUAAGCCAUGCCAUAGGUCUUGUCAGAUUGGUUACAAUAAAAAUUACCAAGGUAGGAGGCCCUGCUUGGAGA